GGGCAAUGAAGUUAGAAAGAUUGGAGUUUGUGGGAUUGGUGGGGUUGGAAAGACUACUAUUAUGAAGCAUAUCAAUGAUGAACUGGUGAGGGAGGCUAAGUUUGAUAAAGUGAUUUGGGUCACUGUAUCUUACCCCCUUGAUGUAAUUAAAUUACAAGAAAAUAUUGCUCGUGCUAUCGUUGGAGAUGAUAGACAGAGACUCCCUGGAGGUGAGGAUAAAGAGAGGCGGGUAGCUGAAUUAAAGAGUGUUAUGGGAAGAGUAAGGCAUGUGCUUAUCCUAGAUGAUGUCUGGGAAAAGUUUUCUCUGAUUGAAGUGGGAAUUCCAGAACCAACAAUUCAGAAUGGAAGCAAAAUAGUCAUCACUAGUAGAUCCAUUGAUGUGUGCCAAAAAAUGGACUGUGAGAUAGUCAAAGUGAAGCCUCUUUCAUUUCAGGAGUCUCUUAACUUAUUCUUAGAUAAAGUUGGGCAUCAUGCUCUGCAACUCAUCGUGGAGGAGUGUGAUGGUUUACCAUUGGCCAUUGUUGUGAUAGCAGAGAGUAUGAAGGGAGAGGAUGAUGUUCAUGUGUGGAAGAAUGCUUUAACUGAACUACAAGAAGGGACAGAAGGGUUGGUAGAAGGGUGGAUUGAUGAAGGACUAAUUGAUGUGUUGCCCAGUAGAAAAGCAGCUUAUGAUAGGGGUCAUGCCUUUUUAAAUAUGCUAGUAAAGAAGUGCUUGUUAGAGAAAACUGUUGAUUGGCAUGGUGUUGAUGUUUUCAAGAUGCAUGAUGUAAUGAGAUACAUGGCUAUCAAAAGCAUUGGUCCUGAAUUUGGAUAUAUGGUAAAAGCUGGUAUGAAAUUGACAGAGGUACUAGAUGAGCGUGGGUGGGGAAAUGAUCUUAAGAAGGCGUCUCUAAUGGAGAAUAACAUACCAAAAAUUUCCCUUGGGUUGUGCCCAAAGUGUCCAACUCUUUCAACUUUGAUAUUGUCAAAUAAUCCUAAUUUGUCCGAGAUCCCAAAAUCCUUCUUUGAAGGUAUGCCUGAACUGAAGGUUCUUGAUCUUUCUUUUACUGGUAUUGAAGCUUUACCUAAUUCCAUCUCAAACUUGGAGAAGCUCUCUUCCCUGAGGUUAAGGCGGUGUAGGAGGUUAAGGCAUUUGCCUCCUUUAGCAAAGCUUACGGCAUUAAAGAAGUUGGAUCUGUUUAGAUCCAGGAUUGAGAUAAAAGGAGAUGAGGUUGUGAGAUUGAGCAAGUUGGAGACCUUUUAUGGUGUAUUCGAUAACAUACAAGGCUACAAUUAUUUUGUCAAGUCUCAAGAUUUCCAAAUUCUUACUGAUUACUUUAUUAAAGUAGGAGAAAGACUCGAAUAUCCGUUGGCUACUCAAAGGGAAGCUAUGGUUAGUAUUAAUUAUUGUGACUUAGGAGAAGAAUGUAUGGUGCUUCCAGAUAACCUUCAGAGGCUGGAGAUAGUGCGGUGUAGAAACAUGAGAAGCGGCUUAAAUAAGGCAGCUUUGUUAGAAAAGGCAACCGAGUUGAGUUAUUGUAAUAUUGAGUCUUGUGAAGAUAUGGAGUGCGUCGUUGACUUGGACUCAUCCUCCUGUCUAGUACUGGAUAAGCUUGAAGAGCUACAUCUUCAGAAAUUGCCUAAAUUGAGUGUACUUGUGAGAGUGGAAGGAGUAGCUAUUGAAAAUCCUGCAUGAAUGAGGAAGUUGCUUCCACUUGAGCUGCUGCAAGCCUUCCAAAACUUAGAGGAGAUUGUAGUUAUCAGUUGUGAACAAAUGGAGGAGAUAAUAGCAUCAUCAGAUUCAGAUGCAUCAUCGGAUAAAUUCACUUUUCCCAAGUUAAGGAGAUUAUGGUUGCAUGAUUUACCCCAACUGAAGAGCAUCUGCAGUGCCAAAGGAGUUAUGGUUUGUGAUUCUAUUGAAGAAAUUUGGAUAGAGAGAUGUCGGGAGUUAAAGAGGAUCCCUGUGCAGCUUCCCCUGCUUGAUAAUGGCCAGCCAUCUCCUCCUCCUCAUCUUAGAGAAAUCAAGAUGAAUGAAGAGUCAAAAGAAUGGUGGGAAUCAGUGGAGUGGGAUCAUAAGAACCUACUUCAACCUUUCUUGAAAUAUUCUCGCUGGUGAUAAUUGAGGGGUAAGGUGUUGAUUGAUUAAGUAUUCAAUUUCUAAUUUUAAGAAUGUUGAUUUUAUUUAUUUAUUUAUUUUAUCUGUUUUCCAAUUCCUCUUCUAUCAUUUGCAAUCUAGAUGGAAGGAAACAAUUUCUGUUGAAUUGAAGGGAUCCAGAGUAAGAAAUCAUCAACUUAAAU